AUGGUCCUCAGACCAAAGCACAAGGUAGAGUGUGUAAGAGUGUCCAGCACAGCCCUGGCCUUUGGACUCUGCGGUUGGACUAAAACUGGUAUUGCAUUGUUGUAUGAUGAAGUAUCUGAAAAUGCCUAUGACAUCCGACUGAAGCUUACAAAAGAGGUAUUAACAAUUCAAAAACAAGAUGUCGUCUGUGUUAGUGGAAGUGAUCACAGUGCAAAUCACAGAACUGUUACACUUCGUAGACAACCAGUUGGUGGCUUGGGCUUAAGCAUAAAGGGUGGUGCUGAGCACAAAGUGCCUGUCGUCAUAUCAAAAAUAUUUACAGACCAAGCAGCUGACCAAACAGGAAUGUUAUUCAUAGGAGAUGCAAUAAUACAGGUUAAUGGUAUUAAUGUAGAAAGUGCUACCCAUGAAGAAGUGAACACCUGCUGGUUCAGUCUUAGAGUAUGUGAGGAAGUGUGCUGCAUAGACACAAGUUUAGAUAACCCACACUUUAUUAAAUGGAAGAUUAUGUGUAAUCUCAUGCCAGUUUGGCUGACAGGUGUUCCAGAGUCACCAUGGGUGAAUACAUUUGGAGAGGAAGCUACAAGAUCUGGGAGUAGUGGGAAAGGAGGUCAAUUUAGUCUAUCUACUGCUUACCAGCCUCACAGCUGGCACUGUGGAGAUGGUUAUGUAGAUGUCGGAUCUUGGUUGCACCAAAUGUCAGUGAUUGCUAAUGGGAUACAGAAUCGUUCCCUCCUCCAGGUCAGCAGCUCACAUCUGUCCCAGGCUCCAUCAUCACCUUCUUCACCCAUAGCUAAUGAACCAAAAUACGAGAAGCGCUGGCUAGACACCUUAUCAGUUCCACUGUCGAUGGCUCACAUUUCGAGGUACAAAGCUGGAACAGAUAAAUUAAGAUCUAAUGCAUUUGAAGUGCUGGCACUCGAUGGAGUUAGUACUGGGAUACUUCAGUUAUAUACAGCCCAGGAGAGUGCUGACUGUCUGAGAGCAAUACCAACUAACAUCAGUGGUUUGACACUUCAAAAUAUGAAAAUGACAAAUAAAUGCUGUUCUCCCUCAGACCAGGUCAUACAUAUGGGAUGGGUAAAUGAGAAACUUGAAGGAACUGAUUCAUCUCAGCUCUACAAAUUCAAGUUUCUGGCACUGAAGGGUUCAUCCUUCUACAUUUUCAGCACUCCACCGGUAAGCACACUAGACUGGGUACGAGCUGAAAAAAUCUAUAACCUCUGUGAGGUUCUGUUUAAAAUUCACAAGAUGAAGAGUCACAUACUGAAACAUGUCUUUCAGCUCUGGCUUGCUGAUGAUUGCUGGCUACAAGCAAACUUGUAUUUAGGUAUUCAUCAAGACUAUGAUCUUGAAGACCAGAGGCCAUAUUGUUUCAGUGUUAUGGUUGGACAUGGCAAGAGUCAUUAUUUCAAUGUAGAGCUUGGCAUUGAGUUGGCAGUGUGGGAGAAAUCUUUUCAAAGAGCAAUUUUCUUGGAAGUUCAAAGAACAGGGGUAAGUAAUGAAUAAUUUGAAUCCUGGAGCCAUUUCAUCAGUAAAAUAUUCUGUAACAAAUUUUAGCAAAGUUACUGCAUAUGUUUAAUAAUUGUUUCAGAUUAAUAUGCACUGUGAGUAAAGAUCUGAGUAUACUUUAAUACACCAAAGGCUUCUGAAAGCUUCAUCAUCACAUAAAUAUUUAUCUGUCUAUGACUGUGUGAUAACACUGUAUGAGUAUAUUAUGACAGUUUGAAAAUUAGAAGUAGUAAUGUAUAAAUU